AUGUUUAUGUCUCAUCUCUACAGAAACUAGAAGGCUGUUAGCGCUCUCUACAACAAGAACAUGUUCCACUUCUCCAAGGUUCUUCCUAACUUUAUCAAUGGUGAAUUCGUUCAAUCCAAGGCUACCUAAUUCUUCGAAGUUAGAAAUCCUGCCACUUAAGAACUUAUUACUAAGGUUCCUUAAACUACUGAAGCUGAAUUCAACGAGGCUGUUGCAGUAGCUGCUGAACAAUACAAAUCCUGGUCUUAAACUCCUCUUUUGGAAAGACAAAGAUAUAUGUUCGCUUAUCAAGAUAAAAUUAGAAAAAAUAUGGACAAAAUUGCUGCUCUUAUCACUGCUGAAAACGGUAAGACUCUUGCCGAUGCUAAGGGUGAUGUUAUCAGAGGUCUUGAAGUCGUUGAACACGCUUGCGGUAUUUCUCACAUUAUUCAAGGUGAAACUAUCGAAAAUGUUGCCAGAGGUGUUGAUACUUAUUCUUAUAGAGUUCCUUUGGGUGUUUGCGCUGGUAUUGCUCCCUUCAACUUCCCUGCUAUGAUUCCUUUAUGGAUGUUCCCCUAUGCUAUUACCUGCGGUAAUACUUUCAUCUUGAAGCCCUCUGAAAGAGUUCCUAACACUUCCUAAUAUCUCAUGGAACUCCUUAAUGAAAUUAAUCUUCCUAAGGGUGUUGUUAAUGUCGUUCACGGUGGUUUUGACACUGUCAAGCAAAUUUGCGAAGACAAGACCAUUAGAGCUAUUUCUUUUGUCGGUGGUAACAAGGCUGGUGACUACAUUUAUGAAAGUGGUGCCAAACAUCACAAGAGAGUUUAGGUCAAUAUGGGAGCUAAGAACCACGGUGUUUUCUUGCCUGAUUGUGAUAAGGAAGAUGCCAUCAAUGCUUUGGUUUCAGCUGCUUUUGGUGCUGCCGGUCAAAGAUGUAUGGCUCUCACUACUGCCGUCAUGGUUGGAGAAACCAAAAACUGGGUCCCUGAAAUCGUUGAAAAAGUUAAGGAAUUGAAGCUCGGUAACGGUGCUGAAAGUGGUGUUGAUGUUGCUCCUCUUUGCUAUGCUGAUCUUAAAAAGAACGUCUUAAGAUUGCUCGACAGUGCAGUCGCUGAAGGUGCUACUCUUCCUUUAGAUGGUAGAUCAUUCGUUCAUCCUAAAUAUCCUCAAGGUAACUUCGUUGGACCCACUGUUAUUGAUAAUGUCAAGCCUCACAUGACUUGCUACUAAGAAGAAAUCUUUGGACCUGCUCUUUGCGUCGUCCACGUUGAUACUCUUGAAGAAGCUAUUGAACUUAUCAACAAGAAUCAAUACGGUAACGGUACUGCUAUCUUCACUAAAUCUGGUUCUGCUGCUAGAUACUUCUAAAACAAUAUUGAAUGUGGUCAAAUCGGUAUUAAUCUUCCCAUUCCUGUUCCUCUUCCUAUGUUCUCUUUCACUGGUAGCAAGCGUUCCUUCGGUGGUGAUUUGAACUUCUACGGUAAGAAUGGUGUUAAGUUCUUCACUCAAUUCAAGACUAUUACCGCUAGAUGGAAAAAAGAUUAAGAUGCUGGUUACAAGGUUUCUACCUCUUUCCCCGUCAUGAAAUGA